AUGAACGAAGACUAUUCGAGAGUCCAAAUGGACCCAUGCAGGCAGGAAUGGGAUGCUGACAUGGAUUUGAAACAAACGUUGAUCACCAUAAGAAGCAAAAUGGCAAGAGGUGAAGCCAUUAUAGCAGAUGGAAUCCAUGCACCUUCAAACGAUUGGUUGAGUGUUAAGAAAGAGGCCUUUAUUGGCAGAGGUUGCCGGAUGGUGGAGACAAUCCAGAAUGUGCUCAACACGUUGAACUUGAAGACCGUAAUGAAUGGUCCACGUAACCUCAUGCAAUUUCCAUAUGUCAUGUCUGACGGAUAUAUCAAUGUUAGAGACCUGGACGAAGAAGAGGUGAGCCACCGUUUCCGCACUAUUCUCGACGACAUCAUGAAGACAGGAAACGCAGCAGAGACCCAGAAGGCGGUCUGCGCGUCGAUCGACGCCGUCUUUUGCUACAGUAAGCUUCUCCUUGUUGCAUACACUUACUGUUAUGUGCACGGAUGCACCGAAUGGAUGGUUUCCAACCAGACGAGGGAGCUUCACAGGCCUUUCCAACCGUCGAGCAGCUUGCUCCGGUGGGUUUACGGCUGUGCCGGCAAUCCUUAUGUUUUUGCAAUCCAGAAAGACGUGAACGAGGCCUUGAGAUUGUAUUCUGUGGAGAUUCGGAGUCUUCCUGAGGAUGGAGAUAUUGGCCACAAUGUGAAAGAAAUGCUUAAAAUCCAAGCCGACCUUGAACCAGUUGGCAGGAUUGAGGAAAAGGAAAUUGAAAAUGAAAAGGAAACCAGAACCGAAAACGAGAGCGUCAGAACCAGCGCAACCAGAACUAAUGAGAGAACUAACGAAAGAACCAACGAAAGAACCAACGAAAGAACCAAUGAGAGAAGCAAUGAGAAGAUCGAAGAGAUCAACAGAAUCGAUGAGACCAGUUUCAGAACCAACGAGAGAAUCGAUGAAACAAGUUUCAGAACCAACACUGAGUUUAUCAAUCAAUCAUCCACCGAUUCUAUCAAUCAACCACUCGACUACAGUUGUGUUAAUACAUCAUCCACCAAUUCUAUCAAUCAACCACUCGACUACAGUUGUGUCAAUCGGCCAUCCACCGAUUCUAUCAAUACACCAUCCGCCAAGUCUAUCAAUACAUCAUCCACCAAUUCUAUCAAUCAACCAUCCACCAAGUGUAUCAAUACACUAUCUACCACAUCCAGUUCCUCUAGCUCUUCUGCCCACUCCAACUUCCCCUCCUUUAACCCGUUCUUGUCACCCAAAGCAGCAGUUUCGCAUCAUUUGCAUUCUUCGCAAUCGCAUUCUUCGCAUUUGCAUUCCCUGCCAGCAAAGGAGGACAUUUACUUCAGGGAUGCGGAGCAAACGGCAUCGAGCUGCAGCCAGCACGAAAAAGCAACAAACACGUGGCAGGAAGUGCACAAGUGGGAAAAAUGGGUCGACCAGUGCCUGGAGGAAGCGUUUGGCGGUACUGCGGUGCCUGAGCACGUGCAGGAGGAGCUGAGGAGCCUGCGGUGGCGUAUUCGGGCCACCGGGGAGCCCGGGCAGGAGUCCCUGGUGGAGAAAGUGUGCGGACAAGUGCACCAUAUGGCGAUUGAGGUGAUGCAGGCGGCCCGGGACCCGGGGCACGCGAUAUUGGUCCAGGAAGCGCUCUUCGGGAUGAGGGCGUGCUACGUGCAGCGGGCCACGGGGGAGCCCUACCGGGAGGCGUACCGGGGGAUGUACUACGAAAAUUCAUGCGAUGAGAAAUUCGUCGAAUCCCCAGGACUCAUUUUGGAGCUGUUCAACACGGUUUUGGCCGAGGGCAUUUCGCGGGUCGCCCGGUACAUGUGCCGGGAGGAUUCGCCCGGUGCCCGCGAGAGGCUCCAGCGGGCGUUUGGCGAGUUUUGCGGGGCAUGCAUCCGGGUUGAGCGGGUGGCCCGGCAGGACCGCUGGCUGGACUUCGGCCCGCUGUUGCAGGCGGUGGCCACGGGGCACUUCCGGUUUUUGGCCUGUGCGGGCCACCGGGGCGUCCGCCACGGCGAUGUCUACCGGGCCCACGCGGCCCAGCUGGCCCUCUACGCGGAGGCCUGCCGGGGGCUCUACCGGGGGGCCGCGGUGUGCAGCGGCCAAAAAGUUUUGUUGCGGGAAGAAUUUUUCGCCCACUUCCGCGAAUGUGCCGACAGCAUUGUGCCCCGGCUGCUGGUGGCCCGGUUGCGGGAAACCCACCGGGCUGCCCGGGAGAUGCUACCGGGUGGUGGCGGCGAGCUGCUGGAUGUGCUUCGGUACUGUGAUGGGGCGCUCACCGUGGAGGUGGAGCGGCUUGCCGGGCAGGCUGCCGUGGAGCCUACCGGGGAAUCCACCGGGGCUCCCGGUGCUACCGGGCGGCCGCUUCUUGGCCUCACCGGCUGCUACUCGCACUGCUGUCGCCGGCUCCUGCGGGGCCUACGGGGCUCUGCCCUGGACCCCGGGCUGCUGCACCGGGCACGCGGCCUGGUGGAAAGCCUGAACAGCCAGUUCUUGCACCUGCUGCAUUUCUUGGCCACCGGGCACCCCGGCUACCCCAGCGUGUUGCGCCGCGAGGAAGCUCUCCCGCUGGGCUACCGGGCACUCCACCGGGCGUAUGUGAGACGGAUGGAUGAGUUCUUCAAGAUGCAAAAAGAGGAAUUUUUGCAAACCGACCCGAAGCUUCUCGAAAGCGAGCUGAUCCACCAGAGAGAGAUCACGCUCAAGAAAAACGAGAUUCUAAGGGUUUGUGGUGAGCAGGAAGGAUUCAAGAAGAAGGAGAUGAAGAAGAGGGAGGAGGAGAUUCAAAAGAAAGCUGAAAUGAAGGAGAAGGAGAUUGAAAAGAGGGAGAAGGAGAUUGAAAAGAGGGAGAAUGAGAUUGAAAAGAGGGAGGAUGAGAUUGAAAAGCAGAAGGAGGAAAUUGAAAAGAGGGAGGAUGAGAUUGAAAAGAAGAAGGGGGAAAUUGAGAAUAAAGCCGAAGUGAUAGAGAAGAAAGCUGAGAUGAUGCAGCAAAAACAGGCUGAAAUCAAUCAGAAAGAGCUCAAGCAGGAACUAAUGCAAGAGGAACUCGCAGCACAGCUUAAGCAGGCCGAAUUCAAUCAGGAACAACUCCAGAAGGUUCUGCAAAUCAAUCAAGUUCAACUUCAAGAGGAGCUGCAAAAAGAACUUCAAAUUAAGCGAGAGCAGCUGCAAAAAGAACUACAAAUCAAGCAGUCUCAACUGCAAGAGCAGCUGCAAAAAGAGCUUCAAGUCAAACAAGCAGACCUCAAUGCAAAAUUAAUGCAGGCAGAACUCAAACAGAAAGACCUCACUCUCCAGAUUCAGAACCAGCUCACGCAGUUUCAUGCAGAGCUUGAAGCUGAGAGAAAGAGGCAGGAAAUCCUCAGAUCUCAAGCUUUUGAACAGGAGAGGCUCAGAUACCAAAAACUCGAGGAAGAGCUCGUGGCCAGAAAACUUGAAGAUGAGCUCAGAGUCAAGAAGUUCGAUGAGAUGAAGAAGGAGCAGCUCGAGAGGCAGAUGCAGGAUCAAUACAAGGUCAAGCAACUUGAGGCCGAGAUACAGAAGCAGAAGGAGCUCAGAGUUAAGGAUGUUGAGGAAGAGAGGGAGAAGGAGGAGAAACUUAGAUUGAAGAUGAUUGAACUAGAGAAGGAGAGACAAGAGAAGCUCAGAGCAAAGAUGAUUAAAGAAGAGAGGGAGAAACAAGAAAGUCUCAGAGCAAAGAUGAUUAAAGAAGAGAGGGAGAAAGAAGAGAAGCUCAGAGCAAAUAUCAUCAAAGAAGAAAAAGAAAAACAAGAAAGUCUCAUGGCAAAUGUGAUUGAAGCUGAAAGACAGAAACAGGAAGAGCUUCUAAUGCAACUUGGGGAGGAGAAACUGAAACAUGAGCAAUACAGAAUUCUACAGCUUGAGGAGGAAAGAAAGAAGCAAGAGAAACUUAGAAUUCAACAACUUGAGGAGGAGAGAAAGAAACAAGAGCAAUCUAGAAUUCAACAGCUUGAGGAGGAGAAAGAGAAACAAGAGAAACUUAGAAUUCAACAACUUGAGGAGGAGAGAGAGAAACAAGAGAAACUUAGAAUUCAACAACUUGAUGAGGAGAGAAAGAAACAAGAACAGCUUAGAGUUAAAGUCAUUGAGGAGGAAAGACAAAAACAAGAACAGCUGAGGGCAAAGAUGAUGGAAGAACAAAAGCAACUCAAGGCUAAGAGAUGCGAAGAAGAGAUGAGAGCCCAGCAAAUGCAGGAGGAACUCGUUGCCAAAAAGUUACAGGAGGAACUUAGAUCGAAAAAGCUUGAAGAGGAACUUAAAGCCAAGAAGCAGGAGGAUGAUCUGAGGACCAGGCAACUUGAAGAGGAGAGGAUGAGAGCAAAGAGACUUGAAGAAGAGCUCCGAGUUCGAAAGGAGGAGCUAGCAGAAGCAGAGAGAAAGAAGCAGGAGUUGAUUCUCUCUGAGCAGAAAGCCCAGCAGAAGUUGAGAGAGGAAGAAGAUGCACUCUAUGCGGAAACUCAGCGAAAGGCAGCGGAGUUUGUGAAGGAGCAGGAGAAACUAGACAGAGAGCGUGAAGAUAGAGGCAUUAAGAGAUACGCGGAAAAGUUAAAGGCCGAGGAUGUUUUCGAUGACGAUCAGUUUGACGAUGAAGAGUUUGGCGAAUUUGGAGCCGAAGACGAUGAACUGAGUCGCAACCACCUUGGUGAUAAUCUAGAUGGCAACCAUGAGCUUGGCAAACGGCGGUGGGAGAUCUUCCUACCGGAUCCUUCGAAGAGUGAGAAUCCGUACGAUGAGGAAAUCAAGCUUGCCAAGGUCCUUGAGAAGAGAGAUGGGGAUCAGCAGAGGAUUCGGAGGUUGGAGGAGAUCAACGAGCAGAACUACAGGGAGAAGCAGGCAAGGAUGACGGCUAUUAUGCCGGACUUUGCCGAGAGGAUGAAGGAAGCAUUAAGGGAGAGAGCUGCGAAAGUCCUCAAGCGGGACAGGCAACCGGGAUCCAAGGUUGGCAAAUGUGGUGUUCUGUUAGCCAAGGAACUUUGGGGGUCUGAUGCAGCUGAAGUGAUAGGAGAAAUUGAGGUUGGAGAAACUGGGAAAACUGGGGAAAUUGGAGAAAUUGAGGAGGUUGAUGAGGUUGAUGAGGUUGAUGAGGUUGAUCCGGCAAUUCAAGAAAAGCCGGUUCAAGAGAAGGUGGGGGCUUUGAAAGAGAGGCCAGCUGGGUCAGACAAUGUGGAGAAGAGGCGCAAAAGAGUGACAUUUGUGCUUCCAGGUGAGGAUAUGGAGGAAGUGGAGAAAGCUGAGAAAGUGGAGGAUACAGAGAAAGUGGGGAAUACAGAGAAAGUGGAGGAUGCAGAUGAUCAAAAGGAGAAUCUAGAUAAUCAAAAGGAGGAUGCAAAUGAAAAGCACAGUCUAGAUGUUCAAAAGGAGAAUGCGGAUGAUGAAAAAGAGAGUGCAGAUCAAAAGCACAAUCUAGAUACCAAGGACAAGCUGAACAAACCCCUCAGAACUCUCUCGCAACAAGAAAGAAAGAAGUUGAAGAGAAAUGUUUCGUACAUCAUCUCCGAUGACAGGCCGUACAACCAGCUUUACCGCUCGGAGUCGGAUGAUGAGGAAGAGGAGGAAGUGCAGGCAGAGACAAAGAAACCUGCACUGUUCAACCCGAUUGCCGCAUUCAGGAAGUUGGUGAAGCGGAUUCCGGAGGUUCAGGACUGCGAAAAAGUACAAAACGUCAAAAAGCAGAAGCAGAAACCGCCGUUCCUGCACCCCGUGGAGUUCCUCAGCAUCCCGCCGGAAACAUACAUCCAGCAGCUCCCGGUGAAAGAGUGGAAGCAGGACUGCGACCGGCACUACAAGCACCAGAAGCAGCGGCUUGAGGAUGAGUUCGAGUACCGGGUGGAGCAGCAGAGAAAGCAGUGUGAGCAGAAGGGGGAGCACUGCACGCGGGAGGAGCUCAUCAGGCGAGUCCUGCAGGAUUUACCGGGGUCUCUGCCGCAGCUUGAGAUCGAUUACCGGUCCCGCAAGGUGGACGAGAUGGGGGAAAGGAUCUUCCACGUGAUGGAGGAUGCCGGACAGAGCCUGGACGCGCGCAGAAGGCUCUCUUUGCAGAUUGCUCAGGAGUACAUUGACCUUUCGAUCUGCGAGGAGAACCAGGCACGGGAGAUGAUCGAUAAUCUGGCGGAGCUUGAAUCGAAAAAUGGCACUUUGGCACUUGAGGCCGGCACUAAUCCGGACCAGAUGCAGCCCUGUGGUGGGGUUUUGUCUGGAUCCGGAGACCCUGAGCCGGUUUCUGGGUUGAGCGAAGUGGAAAAGGCGAUUCUGGCAAUUCCAACUGCAGAGGAUGGUGAUGUGAUGCAGUUUCCGAUACUUCAAAUUACUGCUUCCAAUACUUCCGAUGCCUACUGCACAAGUGGCGAGUACAAGCAAGGCUUCGGAGUGUAUGAGGACACAGUAGUUGAGCCGGAUGCGGAGGUUCGGGAGCAGUUGAAGGCGAAGAUAGCAGCAUAUGAGAAGGAUGAGAAGGAAAAUGGCAAUAACCAAAACAACCAUCCCUCCAGCAUCCUCUCCACAAAACACAAAAAGCCUUCCUCCUCGGUCCGGUUCACGGACCAAAUCAUCUGCAUGGACAAGGACACUAACCCGAUUAGCUGCCCUACAGUGCGAACGGAGCGGAUGAUGAAGAAGGCGGUGCAGGCAGGCAGGUUGAGCCAAUUAGAGGCGGCCUACAAGGACCUGUUCCGGGAGAAAAGCGAGCUGGCAAAGCUGGAAGAGGAAGAGGACGCAGAUAUGGGCAAGAAGAAGAUGAUGGAUGGAGUGGAGGAGUACGUGGAUCCGGAUACAGGCCGGAUAUACCGGUUCCCAGCGGCAGACGAGUUCGAUGAAAGCAUGUUGGACUGUCUGAGCGUGGAGGACCCUCCUUGCACCAAAGAGGAGGCGGAGAAGGCGGAGAAAGCGGAGUUGCAGGCCCGCAAAGAGGAGCACGAGCGCGAAAUGAAGAAGUUGGAGCAGAUCAAGGCCAACCCGACCUUGAGAAGAAGGUUGAGGUCGGAGCACUGGACAAACACACUUAGGAUGAAGCUGAAUGAGCAGGCUUUGAAGUCGAUCGAGGAGUUGGAGGAGCAGGAUGAGAAGGAGAUGCUGGCAGCAGAAAGAGAGCGGUUCUGGAGCAAUAUGGAGCCGAUCAAGAAGAUGCAAACGACACGGAUGAAGAUGAAGCAGGAGGAGUUCACUCAGCGGAAGCAGGGCAAGGAUGUGCGGGAGCCGAAGAACUUCUUUGGGUUUGCAUCCAAGGCCUGCAAGGCGAUCCAGUCCGGAUUCAAUGGGAUGGGAUUUGCCGAGGAUAGGGCUGAAGAAAGGCCGGGAAUAAUAUCGAAGAUCAGGCAGAUGAGUGGACUGGAUGGGAAUGUUAAAGGUGGUGAUGGUGAUGAGAAUGAGAAUGUUAAAAAUGUUAAUGAUGUUAAUGAUGUUCAUGAUGUUCAUGAUGUUAAUAAAGAAAACAAAAAAGAAAAAGAAAAAAAUAAAGAAAAAAAUAAUAAUAAAGAAAAAGAUGAUAAAGAUAUUAAAGAUGAUGACGAUGAUGACGAUGAUGAUGACCGUGAGAACUUCCGGAAAUAUCUGGAAACACUAAACUCCGGUCUCAAAGGUUCUGGCACUGUUAGAAUGAAGAAUCCACAACCUUGCAAAUAUGAUGAUGCGGAUCGUAACAACACACUGGAUUUCCGCCUGCUGAUGAGCAGUUCAAGAAGGGAUGAUGAUGAUGAUGAAAAGGAUGAAAAGGAUGAAAGGGAUGAAAGGGAUAAAAAGAAUGAUAAAAAGGAGGAUAAAAAUAAUGAUGAAAAGGAUAAAAAGAAUGAUGAAAAGGAUAAAAAGAAUGAUGAAAAGGAUAAAAAGAAUGAUGAAAAGGAUGAAAAGGAUGAUGUUGUUGUUGAACACUGCGAUAGCCACCUCGAUCCUAGCUAUAUCGCAAGAAUCGAAAAGGAAAAUGAAGAAGAACGCAGAAAGUUCAGAGAGUUCAUGGAGUCAUGUGAAAGGGGCGAUAUCGGAAUACCAUGCCCUAAGUUUGGCAAUAAAGAAGGGGAUAAAAAGAAGUACCCCUGGGAAGAAGAUGAUAAGGAUGAUGAUGAGAGGAAUGAUGAUGAUGAUGAGAACUGCGAUAGCCACUUCGAUCCUAGUUACAUUGCAAGAAUCGAAAAGGAAAACGAAGAAGAACGCAGAAAGUUCAGGGAGUUUAUGGAGUCAUGUGAAAGAGGAGAUAUUGGAAUACCAUGCCCCGGGUUUGAUAAUCAAGAAGAGGAUGAAGAGGAAUACUCCUGGGAAGAAACUAUUAGGCGGUUGACUGGUGCCAAAAGCUUGGCUAAUCAGAAGGCCUCGAUAAAUCUAAUGAAUAAUGGAUCUGAUGAAUGUGAUGAACCUAUGAAUAAUGAAUCUAAUGUGAUGCGUGUUUUCGCCAAUGGGCAGACGCAUUGCCUGCUAAUUGUAUCGUGCGGUUUCGUAUUGGUAUUGAGAGAAAGUGCCACUAACGAGGACAAAAAAGAGCAGAUUCGGCCCUCAAAGCUGUUUGUGGAGUUUGUGGCUGAGGACAUGUUGCCGGAUAUUGGGUGUUGUGGCUUUCGUGAGGUCGUUUUGAGCAAAAGAAGCUUUGGAAAAAACGAAAAUCUUCAAAUCAAUUCUGGACUAGGGGACAUCCCGCAUUUCUCGCAUCGCCAGGAGCGGAAAUUCUACGGGGUUCUAGGAGUGUACGCAUACAAGGGGAGGGUGCACGUGGGGUUCAUCACGGAGCGGGCGGAGGUGGGCAGUGCAGUUGUGGGGGAGAGAAUUUACCGCAUCGACAACACGGUGUUUAUUUCUCUGGAGGGGGAUUGCUACGAUUACUACGGGGAGUCGGACGGGCGGCAGGCGCGGGGCGGGCCGUCGAAAGUGGGGUCGAUCCAGAAGCUUUUGGCGUCGGGGACUUUUUACUAUUCACCGGAUUACGAUAUGGGGAAGUGUUUGCAGGAGCGGGUGGGAAGUUUUGUGGAGGGGGGGUCGAAUGAAGGUGGGAAAGAUGUGGAUAUGAGGAAAAGGGAUGGGGAUAUGGGAAAAAAUAAGCAUACAUCCCUUUCAAAUUCCUCUUUGACCACACCCUCUUUAAAUGCAGAGGUUUCCCCUUUCAAUGCAGAAGAUUCCCCUUUAAAUGCAAAAAAUCCCUCUUUAAAUGCAAAAGCACCCUUUUCAAAAUCAACAUCCUCUUUAAAUACUUCUCCCUUCAAUACUUUUCCCUCAAAUCCCUCCCCACCAAAUACCUCUCCCCCAAAUUCCGCCGAAGAGCCCUCAAGCAGCCGGUUCGUGUGGAAUGGCAACAUGAUUUCCGGGUUGCUGAGGUUCCGGGGCCGGCUCUCCGGGGCAGAAGGCCGGGCGUUCGACCGGGGCCGUUUCGCCGUGAAGAUGGUGCGGGGAUUCGCGCAGUCCUUGACCAUCAGGAAGCCCGGUGGCUUACCGGGAGAUUUUCUCCUGACAACAAUCAUCACGAAGCAGGACUGCCGGAAGAGUGGCCCGUUGUUGGGCCCGUACGGGAUGGAUGACAAUGGGAAUGUGGCGAACUUCGCGGAGUCCGAGGUCGUGGUGUCGGACCGCGGGCAGUGGUGCUCGUGCGUGGUGGCGCGGGGCAACGUGCCGCUGUUCUGGGAACUUGCGCGGCAGUUGGUGAGCACGCGGGUGGAGUUUCCGCGGUCUGGGGAGGCGUCGCGGCAUGCGUUUGCGCGGCACUUCGCGGAGCUGCGGGCGCGGUACGGCGCGGUGCACGUGGUGGACGCGUUGUCAGGCAAGGGCACACAGCCGGAGCUCAGCCGGCGGUACCGGGAGGCGUUAGCGGGGGAGCUUGGUGUUAUUGUUGAUGGAGGCAAUGAGAAAAGCGGGGAAGGUGGGAAAAAAAGUAAAAAAAAGGGAGGUGAAAAUGGUGGAAGCAAUUCAAGAAAUAGAGAAGGUUCAGAAAAUGGGACUUUGAACAUGGGAACUUUGGAAAAUGGAACUUUGAAAAUGGGAGUUCUCGAAAAUGGGAUUUUGAAAAUGGGAGUUCUCGAAAAUGGGAUUUCGAAAAAAGGAGUUCUCGAAAAUGGGAUUUCGAAAAAAGGAGUUUUCGAAAAUGGGACUACAAAAAAGGGAGUUUUCGAAAAUGGAACUUCAAAAAAAGGAGUUUUAGAAAAUGUUUUAAAAUCCAGUAUUCGCGAUCCGCAACUUUCUUCUAUCACCUACUCCAAGGUCGAGGGCGACCUGUCAUCGCGGUGUUCGCUGCCGGGCCUCGCGGCCCCUGUGGACCGGUUCGGUGUGUUCUGGUGUCAGCAGGUGCCGCAAGCGCAGCGGGCGCAGCAGACCCGCCCGGAGACCCAGCACGGGGUGGUCCUGGUGAACACGCUGGAUUCCAGUCGGCGGGCGAACUUCGUCCAGGCCCGGGUGUGCGAGCGCGCGCUGGGGACAAUUCUCCCCCGCUUUGUGGCGGCGGCCCCCUCGCGCGAAAGAGCCCGCAUCCGCAAGUGGUUCUGGCACAACCUCGAGUUUUUGUGGGACGCGAACGGCCGCAGCCUGGCCCGCGUGGCCCACGAGUACAACGGGGGCCUCCGAGCGAAAAACAAGCGCGGCGGGUUGGUGGCCAAGGUGGCGACGCAGUCCCGGCGGUACGUGUCGCCGUCGCCGUCGCGGAGCUGCGGCCGGCUGCCCGAGUUGGACCGGUUGCUCGGCCGGCUGCCGGGGCAGUACGAGGUGCAGCUGGUGGACCCCAUCCACGACUACGUGGCGGCGGAGCUGGCCCGGCGCAGCAACCUCUACGUUUCGCGGGGGGAGCUUUCCGUGUACACGGUGACGUUCAAUGUAAAUGGUGAGCGUGGGGGGAGUGAUUUAACGCCGUUGCUUUUUCCUGAUGGGGUGGAGGGAAAGGUUGAGAAGGAGGAUGAUGAAAAUAUGAGUGAUGGUAAAUAUUAUGAAAAUAUGAGUGGUCAUAAAUACGAGGGUAAAUGUGAUGAUAAAAAGAUUGAUAAAUCUGAGGGUGAUAAAUCUGAUCAUAAAGUUGAUCAUAAAUCUGAGGGUAAAUUUGGUGCUAAAUCUGAGGGUCAGAGAACUGAUCAAAAAUUCGAUGAUCAUAAAUUUGAUGAUAAAUCUGAGGGUCAUAAAUUCUACAAUCACAAAUCUAAUCCCAAAUUCUUCAAUCACAAAUCCCCUCACCCCCCUUACGACAUCGUCGCUGUAGGCCUCGAGGAAGUCGUGGAACUCACACCAGGAAAGAUCAUGAGCAUCGACCCGGCAGCCCGCUUGUACUGGGAGCAAGCGGUGCAGGCAGCCUUGGAGGCCGGGACCUCGCAGCCGUACACGCUCGUCCGCGGCGAGCAGCUGGGCGGCAUUCUCGCCCUCGUCUACGUCCGGGGUGGCCGCGGCAGUCCCCCAGCACCAUCGUGCAUCCAGGAGAUCGAGACCUGCUGUAAAAAAACUGGCCUCAAGGGCAUGGCCGCCAACAAGGGCGGCGUGGCGAUCUCCUUCAGCUACGCGGGCCGGAUCAGCCUCUGCUUCGUGGUGUCGCAUCUGGCCGCCGGCUUCAGCAACACAGACGACCGGCACCAGGAUUUCAAGGCAAUCGCCACCGGGCUGCAUUUCAGCCGCGGCCGCGGACUCCGAGACUUUGACGCCGUCUUCUGGAUGGGCGAUUUUAAUUUCCGCAUUCAGGCAUCCAACUCCCGGGUCAGGGGACUCAUAGCCCGCGCAAGAUCCCACCGCGAGCUCUUCCUGCCAAUUGUCAAUAGGCUAUUUGAGUCCGACCAGCUCAACCACCAAAUGGCUAGUGGCCAGAGUUUCCCAUUUUUCGACGAACACGAAAUUCGUUUUUUGCCUACAUACAAGUUUGAUAAGGGCACUCAACUCUAUGAUACCUCUGAUAAGGAGCGUGUGCCCGCCUGGACCGACCGGAUCGUCACUUUCGCCAAGAACCGCGCAUCCUUGCACCAGCUCGCCUACGGCAGCAUCCCCGCAGUCUGCUUCAGCGACCACCGGCCCGUGUACGCGGUUUUCCGCCUGGCCGUGGACGUUGUGGACCGCGGUGCGCGGUCGCGGGUCGAAAAAACACUCUACGAGUGCCGAAAGCUGCAGGUGCGGGCCGCCGACCUUAUCGUGUGCAAGGACCUCGCUGCCGCGGGCCACCGCGUGUUGCACUACGGGCUCCCGGCGCCCUCCAGCAAGGGCUCGCGAUGGUGGCUGGCGGGGAGAUCGUCCACCGCGGACCCUGACGCCGCCGCCUGCCGGGUCCGGAUCCCGCAGCUCGACUCGGGGCUCUACGCCUUGAGCCCGCGGCUGCCCGCCAACCCGUUCGAGGGUGGGGAGGUCUUCAUCCGGAAUGUGUAG